AGUGCUGACGUCUGUGCAUUGCAGCAAGGGAUUAUGUCUGCAAUCAGUCUGGAUUUAGUCCUGCCAGUUGGAUGUUUGCAUCUCCCUGCUUUUACAUCCUGCACGUACUGAAGGGGUUUGUGCUGGCUCUGUGUCACUGCCUAUGGGGUAAGGAGCCAGAAGCUGCCGCUGAGGGGUUUUUUUAAAAUCAGUCCAUCUUUCUCCAACGAGAAGACUGCGAGGUUUUCUCCUCAUCCUCUCUCUCCCUCCACCAGCACCGGAUCAUGGGAGAGAUUCCCAGCUUGCUGAAAAUCGGUGUCUCUUUGAGAAUCCAGCCCGGUGAUGGCCCGGUGUAUUUCAAAGUGGACGGCCAGCGAUUCGGACAGAACCGCACCAUUAAGUUGCUGACAGGAGCUAAGUACAAGGUCGAUGUUGUAUUGAAGCCGGGGAUUGUAGCAGUCAAGUCGAUGAUGAUCGGGGCAGUGCCCAUUUCUCUGGAGGAGAAAUCGCGGGACCCCCAAGCGGUGGAUUACACUGGGAUCUAUGACACGGAGGGGGUGGCUCACACUAAAAGCGGGGAGCGUCAGCCUCUGCAAGUCAACAUUCAGUUCGCUGACAUUGGUACCUUUGAGACGGUGUGGCAGGUGAAGUUCUACAACUAUCACAAACGCGAUCACUGCCAGUGGGGAAACAGCUUCGGAAGCAUUGAGUAUGAGUGCAAACCCAACGAGACGCGUAGCCUGAUGUGGAUCAACAAAGAAAUGUUUACUUAGGAUGCCAUUUUACAGAAAAUCCUUCUGAAACAUCAGCAAUGGGCAAAUUAUAACUGUCUACAGUCAAGAAUAAAAUCACCACGCCUUAAUGUAGACACAUUUGGGUUGAAAUAACAGUGUGCAAUAAUAACAAUAGAAGCAGUAAAUGCUGUUAUAAAUUUAUUUUGCCUGAUACUUUAAUGUGGGGCAGUUAUUCUUAGACAGAAAUAUUUGAUGCAAAUACAUUUGAGACACAUUUGUUAUCAAUAUCACUCAACACAGUUUAAGCUCCAGUAUCACUAUUCUAUGGACAAUAUUUACACUUGGCAUUAUCAGUAAGGAGGGUGCAUUUUGAUGUGAAACAUCUAUAAACUGUCUUAACAAAGCGAACAAAAGUAUCUUAUACAAAUGCAGUGCUGACCUGGCACAGCUCUGUUAAGCAUUGAGAGAAAGGUAUAAAUAAUUCUGCAUGGGCAUCUGUUUAAGUUACCGUUGCAAUUAUAGCUCACCAGACAGACACCAGUAGUUUGUGUUCUUUUAUGUGCAAAAUUGAUUUAGCCUACCUCGAUUUAGGUACAAAUGGUGAGUUGUGGGAGUGAUGAGUACUAUAUUUGGAGUUAGUCAAUGCAACAUGAAUUUGAACAAAAGUUAGCUUAAAAUGUGCAUGUCAUCCAGUUACGUUUUUAACUUGUGUUUGUGAUUCAAUGUAUUUCUGAAAUGGUUAGUGUUUUUUGAAUUAUGAUGUGUUGCUGUUUGUAUUCAAAGGUUUUUGUAUAAUCGUGCAAUGUAGUGUUCUCUUUUGUAAUAUUUUCUGAUUGGGUUUGGGGAGGUAAUAAGCAUUCCCACAAAAUAUGUUAGCUGUGGAUAAACAAACCACGAGAGAAAUUAUUGUAUCUGCAUCAAUAAUUCCUUGAAAAUUAAAUUCUACAUUGAGAGCC